UUUGCUGGGGUGGAAUUGCAACAAAAAAAAAAUAAAAAAUCUCGAUCGAUUUCCAUGCACAGCGCAGAAAUCGGCGAUUGCAUCGGGGUGGAGAGCUGCGCGAACCUGAAAUCGGAUGUAGACGCGCCGCUGGAAGGAAGCAAUCGCCGGAGAAUAACGAGGCUGGAGUCGGCGACGGCGGCGGCAGCGGAGAGGGAGUAUCCGCCGCCGAUACCGUGGCUGGUGCAGACGGAGAAUCUGCCGUCGCACAUGCCGUGGGUGAUGAGGAGAUACUACACGGAAGACGGAAGGUUGGUUAUAAUGGAGGAGAAAGUGGAUCGUCACGAGUAUUUCAAGUCACACCGUUUCAACGGUCGUCUCGUAAUUAAUCUCAUCCCACUAGACGACGUCGUCGAGGAAAGCUUCAAAGAGUAUUACGCCGUAGAAAAUACUGUUGAGGAAAUCAACGGUGGGGAUGGUGGAAUCGUGGAUCCGACGGUGGAGAAAGCGGUUGCGGAGUACUGUAACUAUAACGGGAUAAGAGUGAACCCUUGCGGAGGGUUUGCUGCUGCGGCGGCGGCGCCCGUAACUACGUUUAGGCCUCCCCUUCAUAUAUGAGAGUGUUUAAUAUUUUUAUUUAAUUUAUUUGUUUUUUCUUCAUUUCAGUUUUUUUUUUAUUCCGUCAAUCCACAGAGAUGAGAGUCUAAUGCGGUUUAUCAUUUUUGUACUUUUUGCAUGUGAAAUAGAGUUUUAAUGUUUUUUUUUCAAGUGUAUUUCACUUCUUUUCAAAGGGACAAAUAAUAAAAAUAUAUAAAAUAU